UCAACGGCAUGUGCAAUAACAGCGUGUAGAGAGAGUUAAGUUGUAAAGUAAUUAACUUUGGCACUCGUUGUGGUUUUAAUUAACGGCCAGUUGAAUAAAUGUUUUAAAUCCAUUUAAAUCCGUUGGUCUUGUUUCCUGUUUUCUCCACCUGACAGUCGACUCGAGUGCUGUCACGUGUUUCUUUAGCCUUUAAUCGCACUUUUCCUGGGGAUAGGAAUGAUCAUUUGAAUCAUGCACUGUUACCUGCAGGGUGCGAGCAGUUUUACACGCCUAUGUUUUGCCAGUUUAUUCGUGUAAAUUAGUACUUUUUUUCCUUCGUAUAUAUAUUUUUUCAAAAUUAGUACAUUUUUGCUAACAGGGUUCAUUUUAAUUUUCUACCUCAAUGACACAAAUGCAGAGUGAAAAACAAGAUCAGAAAAAAUGCACAAGACCAAAGCUGGAUCUCCAGUUUCUGCGGAGGCUCUGUCGCAUUCAGAAAAUCCUCUUCCCUUCUUGCUCCUCUCAGAAUGUGUUGAUGUUUGGGACCCUGCUUUCUGUUACUCUUCUGGCACAGUUGAUCAUUUACCAGGUGGGUGUCAUUCCCAGCAAGUUCUACGAGGUCCUGUCUGACAAGGAUCUCACUGGGUUCAAAAACCUCACAUUGGUGGCCGUUCUUUUAAUCACAGUCAACUCCACAUUGAAGAGUCUGGACCAGUACAUCUCGAGUCUCAUGUAUGUAAACUGGAGGAGGAGCCUAACUGAACAUCUGCACCAGUGUUACUUCACAGGGAGAGUCUAUUACACCCUCAACAUGCUCAGAGAAGACACUGAUAACCCAGACCAGCGAAUCAGCCAGGAUGCUGAGAGAUUCUGUAAGCAGAUGAGCACCAUGGCCAGCAAACUCCUCAUCUCUCCCUUUGCGGUGGUGUACUACACUUAUCAGUGCUUUCACAGCACUGGCUGGAAGGGGCCCAUCAUUGUCUUCAGCUAUUUCAUAAUUGGGACCAUUGUGAAUAAAGUGUUUAUGGGACCCAUCGUGUCGACUCUGGUUGAACAGGAAAAACUGGAGGGGGAUUUCAGAUUCAAGCACAUGCAGAUCCGGGUCAAUGCAGAGUCUGUAGCAUUCUACAGGGCAGGUAAAGUGGAGCACAUGAGGACCAACCGAAGGCUUCACACCCUCCUGACGACCCAGAGGAGCCUCAUGAACAAGGAGCUGUGGCUGUACAUUGGGGUGAACACGUUUGAUUACCUGGGCAGCAUCCUCAGCUUCAUUGUGAUCGCCAUUCCCAUUUUCACCGGGGUCUAUGACAAACUCACGCCAGGAGAACUCAGCGCUCUCAUUAGCAAGAAUGCCUUUGUUUCCAUUUACUUGAUAAGUUGCUUCAGCCAGCUCAUGGAUCUGUCUACAACCGUGUCUGACGUGGCUGGCUACACUCACAGGAUCGGAGAGCUGCUGGAGGUUAUGCAGGAGAUUGCCCGAAAGCAGUGUGACUACGACCCCAUUUCAGGGGAAUCAUGUGACUUCGACAGUGACCUGGAGAUGCAGACGUGCUCUGCUGACACAGCGUUCACUCUCAAGCGACUGUCCUACAAAUCACCCUUUUCUGAUGAGCUGUUAGUGGAAGAGCUCAACCUGAAAAUCUCCAAGGGAAACAACCUGCUGGUGGUGGGGAACACAGGCACUGGGAAGACAUCCCUGCUGCGGGUCCUUAAUAAGCUCUGGGAGAGCACCAGCGGUUCUGUUGAGAUGUGGACCUGCUUCGGACCUCGCGGGAUUCUGUUUCUUCCACAGAAGCCGUAUUUCACAGAUGGGACUUUGCGAGAACAGGUGAUUUAUCCGUUGAAGAAGAUUUAUCCUGUCGCAGGUUCUGCAGAUGAUGAAAGAAUAAUGACAUUCUUAGAACUCGCUGGAGUGGCCAGCCUUUUGAAAAGGACGGGAGGGUUAGAUAAGAAGGUUGACUGGAACUGGCAUGAUAUUUUGUCGCCCGGUGAAAUGCAGAGGCUUUGUUUCGCGAGACUGUUUUACCUGCAGCCCAAAUACGCAGUUCUAGAUGAAGCGACAAGUGCGCUGACUGAGGAGGUCCAGGACCAGCUGUACCGAGCCUGCAAACAGCUGGGGAUGACAUUAAUCAGCCUGGGGCAUCGCAGCAGCCUGGAGAAGUAUCAUGACCUGAUGCUGAAGCUGUGUGGCAAUGGCCGAUGGGAACUUAUCAAAAUGAAAAAAGAGUAACCAAAGUAGCGUUGCAGCAAACCCAUGACUGAGAGCAGCAGAGAACAACGGGACCCUGCUGGAGUAUCAGCGUGCAAUCACAGAGCUGCAGUGGAACAGAAGCAGCGUCGGCUGUGAACAUGGAGCUCAGGACUCUCAUCGAAGAAGAAAACAGCUGAUCCCUGCUGGAUUUUGUCUUUACUUGGGCAAGCCAUAAUAAUGAGCUUUUAAUAAACCCAAACACCUAUAUACAGUAAAAUUUGUCUCAUCCGGCAUUUCUUGGGACUGGAAAAUUGGAUUAUGCAGUGUGCAGUUUACAGCUGUUUAAAUGACAGCAGUCUUUGUUAGGCAGGUUUCACAGUAUUGUUUCUUAUAGCUGAAAGUCAUGUGCAAGUGUUAAAAGAUGCUGGCUUGCUGGUUAGCAAUCUAGUUUUCUUUAUUAAAUUUGUUUUAAAUCUU